AUGAUGGAGAAAAGCUACUGGAAACAGACCCUUGUCCUGGUUUUUGUGUUGAUCAGCACAUAUGCAGAAGCUUCCUUUUCCCGGCACAUGGAUGACUUCAUCAGGGUGGUGAAGCAGGUGGAGGCAGGGGCCCCAGGGGCCCAGCCUGUAGCUGUGCUGAGGAGGCUGCGCAGGACUGCGGGCCUUAACGAUUCUUUCAUUCAGCACUUUCUUGGUAAUGCAGACUCUGGUGGUCCUCAAAUGCACGCUGGCCUCUCAGUGCACAUUAAGAAGGCGGUGCAUCAUAGAGUGACUGGAGAUAAUAAAGAGGAGGGUGUGGUUCUGACGUCUGAUGGCACCACUGUGGCCCUCACCCCGCUCCUCCUGGGCAUCGAAGCCGGCCUCCUCUCCAAGACCCCGGGCCGUGUCCGAGGCCUGUACCGCCUCACGCUGGCUAAAGACCUGCACAGCUCUCCUCUGCCCCCACACCUGGGACCUGACGGCUGCUGGGACAGCCUCACCCGUCCUCAGGUCUUCACCCUGCUGGACGGCCCCUCUGUGCUCACCACGGCCCAGGUCAACGGAGCCAUGGACGGCGUGGUCCUCGGCUUGGAGCUCUCUGCUGAGUCCAGACGUCCUCUCAGGCUCAGCAGCCUGCUGACAGAGUACUACUGCCACCAGCUGGACGCCAGGGGGCUGGACGCUGCCCCCCGCCUCAUCAGCAGACGCCGCAGGGACAACUUCAGAGGGCUGGUGGCCCCCCCGCUGCUGGUCAGACAGGUGGUGAAGGCCGUGGAGCUGCAGCGGAGACUGAAGGGACGCUCGAAGAUGGACGUGAAGGAGAAGCAGAACCUGACGGCUGCUGUGAAAGAAGGAAUGAAACAGUUUGUCCACGUGUACAUGGAGUGCCCACCCAUCAUACCUCGCUGCAUGUGGGGUGCAAAGCCGUACAAAGGAACCCCCACCAACCUGUCUCUUCCUCUCUCCUUCAUGUACAUCCACCACACUCACAGCCCGGGAAAACCCUGCCUGACCUUUGAGCAGUGCUCUGCAGACAUGCGCUCCAUGCAGCGCUUCCACCAGGAGGACAGAGGCUGGGACGACAUAGGAUACAGCUUUGUGGCAGGUUCUGACGGGCACAUGUAUGAGGGCCGAGGCUGGCUCUGGCAGGGGGCCCACACCCUGGGACACAACUCCAUAGGCUACGGGGUUUCCUUCAUCGGAGACUACGCCACCCAUCUGCCCUCCCAGCAUUCCAUGGGGCUGGUGAGAGAUCAGCUGGCGUCCUGCGCUGUCGGCGGGGGGAGACUGGUAGCCAACUUCACCCUGCAGGGGCACAGACAGGUGGUGAACACUUCCUGCCCCGGUGAAGCUCUCUAUAAUGAGAUCAGGAGCUGGGAACACUUUGGGGAGGUCAAGAAAAGAACAUGAUCUACUCGACAAGAAGAGUCUUGAAAUAAACCGAAACAUAACAUAAUAAAUAUUUGUUGAAUUUUUAUGUUCGGGUUGCAGCCACUUUCUUUAAACACUGUGUUGCAUGAAGUUAUUUAUGUAUUACAAAAACAAUAGAAACAGUGGAUGAAUAGAAGCAAAUGCAUGCACAUUAAAAAGGUCCUGUAAGGUAAAUGAAACAUGGAUUUU